AUGCCUGGUUUCGAAUUGGACCGACUCGCUCAAGAUGAUCAGCCGGGCAUAACUCAACGCAAGCAUCAGAUGCAGCCUGAGGUUGGUAGGGUUCUAGGGUCGAAAGCCUUUUCGUCUUCAAGAUAUUCGCUUGACGAAGACUCGGCCAUCUUUUCCGGGUCAGAAAGAAAAGACCGCCUGCCUUGUAUACCUAUGCAAAUAUUUGCAGAGUCAUAUGCAGGACUGAAGGUCGAGUCAAUUCUCAAGACAGAAUAUCUGGCAGGCAUAAUUGUCCCCGUACUUUAUCAGAUCGGUAUUGGGAGGCGCGAAGAUUUGAUGACGCGCGGACAUAACUCAAAACCUGAGGAAGGUUUACUCUUUAAACUGUUCAGUAACCAAGAGUUUCAUUGCGAAUGUGAGGGAAAUUGUGAUUACCCUGAGUCAGGACUUCUUUGGGCAGCAAGAAUGGGGAAAGAAGAGGUCUUGAAGCUGCUUCUCGACGAAACUGACAUAAACGUCAAUUAUAAACCCCAAAACGGAGUUACUGCACUCCAUCUUGCCACGAGACAUGGAUAUGAGGCAAUGGCAAAACAAUUAUUAGAGAAGGGCUCCUCUGUUGAUUGCCAAGACUUCAGCAACGAAACACCCCUUCACUAUGCUGCAGAAAACGGUGAUCGGGGUCUGGUCGCGUUACUACUUGAAUAUGGAGCAAAUGUUCAUCACUUGGAUGUUGUUGGUUCAAAUCCACUUCAUAAAGCAGUGAAAAGUGGGAUUCAAAACGUCAUCGAACUUUUGAUUCAUCGUGGGGCUAACGUUAAUGAGCAAAAUAAUUUGGGAUGGACCGCGCUCCACAUAGCAGCAGCGUAUGGCAAGUCGGUACAUUUACUCCUACUGGAGGAAGGAGCUAGAAUCAAUGCAAAGGACAUCCAUGGCCAGACACCACUUCAUAAAGCGGUGCAGAAAAAAGAGGAGCCGAUCAUUAAAGACCUCAUAGACUAUGGUGCAAACAUAAACCCACAGGAUAAUAGUGGUUUCUCUCCGCUUCACAUAGCAGCAGAUCUCGGAUGUGACGGCAUAAUUAAAUUGCUGGUAGAAAAUGGAGCAACUAUCGAUCUUAGAAAUCGUGAUGGAUACACACCGCUGCGUGUGGCUAGUUUUAAUGGAGAUAGAGAAACAGUUAAACAACUUCUUUCCUUGAGUGAAUUAAGCAGCUCUCUCCACUUUCCGGAGCUGGCAUCUCAAGUCAAUAUCAAGGAUACAGAGUUGGUAAAAAGAGCUUACCAAGAGAAUAAACGCCAAGGUCAACGCAUGGAUGUAAAGAGAAUACGCCUCAAUCCCCCCGAAAAGAUCACAGAAAGUAAUGAAGAUAUAAAUUUACUGGUUCGAACAAAUCGCUAUCUUGCUGCUCUUUUAACCCCAAUUUUCCACAUUAAAGCAAUUGAAACCAAAGGCCAACAGAUAACAUUUUCUCGGGUUGCCAAAAAAGGAAAUGAGCCGAUCUUUCGGCUCUUAUUGAGGAAGAGUGUUCAAUCAAUGCACCCGCGUUCUUUAUUAAACUCAGAAUUUCCGAUUCAUUGGGCAGCAAGUACCGGAGAUCAAAGGGUUGUAAGAUAUCUUAUAGAUAUAAACCCCGGUUCGGUCGAUCUCCAGAACUUUUGUGGAGAUACUGCUCUCCACCUUGCGGCAAGGUACGGACAUAGUAUGGUUGCAGAAUUGCUUAUAGAUAAGGGUGCGGAUAUCAAUAAGAAGAAUCAAUUCCUUAAAACUCCACUUCAGUAUGCAGCAAAAAAGGGCUGUGUGUCUGUAGUAGAGCAGCUAAUUAAGAGGGGGGUCAAUAUUGAAGAUUCGGAUUACCAAGGCUCGAAGGCGCUUCACAAAGCAGCACAGGGUGGCUCCGAAAACGUUGUUAAGAUUCUUCUAGAGAGCGGAGCUAGUAUUAAUAAUUACGGAAACUCUGAGAGAACGGAACUUCAUUUUGCGGCCCAGUUUGGCUCUGAGACUAUGGUAGAAAUGCUGCUGCAAAGUGGUAGUAAAGUGAAUACAAGAGACAAAUACGGCGAUACGCCACUUCAUAAAGCUGCAGAGAGCGGCGACAAAUCUAUUGCAAGUCUAUUGUUGGAUAAAAAAGCUAAUCUCAACCUUAAGAACGAAUUAGGGUAUGCGCCGGUUCAUACGGCAGUAGAACUAAGGUCUAUAGAGGUUUUAACCUUACUAGUGGACAACGGCGUCGAUCUAAAUGCUCAGAGUUUUUAUGGAGAUACAGUUAUGCACUUGGCAGUUUUCAAUAGGGACACAGAGAUGAUGAGCUUACUUCUGAGGAUGGGUGCUGAAAGGGAUAUCAUGGAUAUCAUGGGGGCAACACCACUCGACUGGGUCAAGAGCUGGGCGUUUCAUGACUAUGGUGAAGCUCCCUGA